GGAGGGUGGUGUGCGGCGGCGGGGACCUCCCCGAACCUCCGGAUCCCGGCCUUCUGCCAAACGGCACCAUCACCUUGCUCUUGAGCAACAACAAGAUUACUGGGCUCCGAAAUGGAUCCUUCUUGGGACUCUACCUGCUGGAGAAGUUGGACCUGAGGAACAAUGUCAUCAGCACUGUGCAGCCUGGAGCCUUCCUGGGUCUGGGAGAGUUGAAACGCUUAGAUCUCUCCAACAACCGGAUUGGCUGUCUCACCUCUGAGACAUUUCAAGGUCUCCCCAGACUUCUGAGACUAAAUAUAUCUGGGAAUAUCUUCUCCAGUCUGCAACCUGGGGUCUUUGAUGAGCUGCCAGCCCUUAAGGUUGUGGACUUUGGCACCGAGUUUCUGACCUGUGACUGUCACCUGCGCUGGCUGCUGCCCUGGGCCCGGAACCACUCCCUGCAGCUAUCAGAACGCACACUCUGUGCCUACCCCAGUGCCCUGCACGCCCAGGCCCUUAGCAGCCUCCAGGAACCCCAGCUCCGCUGUGAAGGGGCUCUGGAACUUCAUACGCACUACCUCAUCCCAUCCCUGCGCCAAGUGGUGUUCCAGGGUGACCGUCUGCCCUUCCAGUGCUCUGCCAGCUACUUGGGCAAUGAUACCCGCAUCCACUGGUACCACAAUGGGGCCCCAAUGGAGAGUGAUGAGCAAGCAGGCAUCGUCCUUGCAGAAAACCUCAUCCAUGACUGCACCUUCAUCACCAGUGAGCUGACCCUGUCUCACAUCGGCGUGUGGGCCUCAGGUGAGUGGGAGUGCUCCGUGUCCACGGUCCAAGGCAACACGAGCAAGAAGGUGGAGAUAGUAGUGCUGGAGACCUCUGCAUCCUACUGCCCUGCUGAGCGUGUGACCAACAACCGCGGGGACUUCAGUAUGCAGAAGCUUUCUACAAACAGUGCCACAUAUUAUUGUUCCAGAGACCCUCUCUGUAUGAAGAGCAGGUGGCCACGAACCCUGGCUGGCAUCACGGCUUACCAGUCCUGCUUACAGUACCCCUUCACCUCUGUGCCCUUGAGUGGGGGAGCCCCAGGCACCCGAGCCUCACGCCGGUGUGACCGAGCUGGCCGCUGGGAGCCAGGGGACUACUCCCACUGUCUGUACACCAAUGACAUCACUCGGGUGCUCUACACCUUUGUGCUGAUGCCCAUCAAUGCCUCCAAUGCAUUGACCUUGGCCCACCAGCUUCGAGUGUACACUGCUGAGGCUGCCAGCUUUUCAGACAUGAUGGACGUAGUCUAUGUGGCUCAGAUGAUCCAGAAAUUUUUGGGUUAUGUUGACCAGAUCAAAGAGCUGGUGGAGGUAAUGGUGGACAUGGCCAGCAACCUGAUGCUAGUGGAUGAGCACCUUUUGUGGCUGGCACAGCGAGAAGACAAAGCCUGCAGCGGCAUUGUGGGUGCCCUGGAGCGCAUUGCAGGAGCUGCCCUCAGCCCCCAUGCCCAGCACAUCUCUGUGAAUUCAAGGAAUGUGGCAUUGGAGGCCUACCUCAUCAAGCCUCACAGCUAUGUGGGCCUGACCUGCACAGCCUUCCAGAGGAGGGAGGUAGGAGCGUUGGCUGCACAGCCAGGUGGCCCUGGCCAGAAUGUCCCACUCGAGCCGGAGCCCCUUGCUGAUCAGCAGCUCCGCUUCCGCUGCACCACUGGGAGGCCCAACGUUUCUCUGUCAUCAUUCCACAUCAAGAAUAGCGUGGCCCUGGCCUCCAUCCAGCUGCCCCCCAGCCUGUUCUCAACCCUUCCGGCUGCCCUGGCUCCCCCAGUCCCUCCAGAUUGCACCCUGCAACUGCUGGUCUUCAGAAAUGGCCGUCUUUUCCGCAGCCACGGCAACACUUCCCGUCCUGGAGCAGCUGGGCCUGGCAAGAGGCGUGGUGUGGCCACCCCAGUCAUAUUUGCAGGAACCAGUGGCUGCGGUGUGGGAAACUUGACUGAGCCAGUGGCUGUUUCACUGCGGCACUGGGCAGAAGGAGCAGAUCCCAUGGCAGCUUGGUGGAACCAGGAGGGGCCCGGGGGCUGGAGUUCCGAAGGCUGCAAGCUCCGUUUCAGCCAGCCCAAUGUCAGCUCCCUGUACUGUCAGCACUUGGGCAAUGUGGCUGUGCUCAUGGAGCUGAGUGCAUUCCCUCGGGAGGUAGGAGGUCCUGGAGCUGGUUUGCAUCCUGUUGUGUACCCCUGCACAGCUCUGCUGUUACUCUGUCUUUUCUCCACCAUCAUCACCUACAUCCUCAACCACAGCUCCAUCCAUGUGUCCCGGAAGGGUUGGCACAUGCUGUUGAACCUGUGUUUCCACAUGGCCAUGACCUCUGCUGUCUUUGUGGGGGGCAUCACUCUAACCAACUACCAGAUGGUUUGCCAAGCGGUGGGCAUCACUCUGCACUACUCUUCCUUGUCCACGCUGCUCUGGAUGGGGGUAAAGGCUCGAGUCCUCCACAAGGAGCUCACUUGGAGGGCGCCCCCUCCAGAAGAAGGGGAUGCAACACCACCUGGUCCUCGCCCCAUGCUCCGGUUCUAUUUGAUUGCUGGAGGGAUCCCCCUCAUAAUCUGCGGCAUCACCGCUGCGGUCAACAUCCACAACUACCGGGACCACAGUCCCUAUUGCUGGCUGGUGUGGCGUCCAAGCCUUGGCGCCUUCUACAUACCGGUGGCGUUGAUUCUGCCCAUCACCUGGAUCUACUUCUUGUGUGCGGGCCUGCACUUACGGGGUCAUGUGGCCCAGAAUUCAAAGCAGGGUAACAGCAGGCUCUCUCUGGAACCAGGGGAAGACCUGAGGGGUUCCGCCAGGCUCAGGAGUAGUGGCGUCCUCCUGAGUGACUCUGGUUCCCUUUUGGCUACCGUUAGCGCAGGGGUAGGGACACCUGCGCCCCCAGAGGAUGGUGAUGGCGUAUAUUCUCCGGGAGUCCAGCUGGGAGCAUUGAUGACCACACAUUUCCUGUACCUGGCUAUGUGGGCCUGUGGCGCCUUGGCGGUGUCUCAGCGCUGGCUGCCGGGAGUGGUGUGUAGCUGUCUCUAUGGUGUGGCAGCUUCAGCCCUGGGCCUCUUUGUCUUCACACACCACUGUGCCAGGCGUAGGGAUGUUCGGGCUUCCUGGCGCGCCUGCUGUCCUCCUGCUUCAUCAUCGGCCUCCCACGCCCCACCCCGGGCCCUGCCUGCUGUUGCGGAGGAUGGGUCCCCAGUGUUGGGGGAGGGGCCAGCCUCCCUCAAGUCCUCCCCAAGUGGCAGCAGUGGCCGCGCGCCGCCGCCUCCUUGCAAACUCACCAAUCUGCAGGUGGCCCAGAGUCAGGUGUGCGAGGCUGGCGUGGCUGCCCGCGGGGAUGGAGAGCCAGAGCCCACGGGCUCCCGUGGCAGCCUAGCUCCCCGGCACCAUAACAACCUCCAUCACGGGCGCCGAGUACACAAGAGUAGAGCCAAGGGGCACCGAGCCGGAGAGACUAGCGGCAAGAGCCGGCUCAAGGCGCUGCGCUCGAGCGCGUCCCCAGGAGCUCCUGAGCUGCUAUCUAGUGAGAGCGGCAGCUUGCACAACAGCCCUACCGACAGCUACCCGGGCAGCAGCCGCAAUAGCCCCGGAGACGGCCUUCCACUCGAGGGCGAGCCCAUGCUCACGCCGUCGGAGGGCAGUGACACUAGCGUAGCGCAGAUCCCUGAGACGGGGCGCCCCGGGCAGCGCCGCUGCGCCAGCCGUGACAACCUCAAGGGCAGCGGCAGUGCACUGGAGAGGGAGAGCAAGCGCCGCUCAUACCCGCUCAACACCAGUCUUAACGGCGCCCCCAAAGGGGGCAAGUAUGAGGAUGCCAGUGUGACUGGUGCAGAGGCCAUAGCAGGAGGCUGCAUGAAGACCGGCCUCUGGAAAAGCGAGACCACUGUCUAGGGCAGAGGUGGGCCAGAUUUAGGAUGGGCUGGCCAUACCGGCUUGUUACUUCUAGAUCUUCCUGGGCUGUCCAAGCUGUCUACCGAUAUGUAGGUUUGAGGUGGCUGUCCCUGGGCUCACCACCUUUAGUUACCCAGGCUGGGGAAGGGAGAGGCAGAAGCUUGCCAUUUGUCUGGUGGAUUAGCCCUCAGCAGUAGCCACAGACAAUCACAGGCAUCAGUUUAGACCAGUUUUGAUGGUCAAGUUCUUGGCUUGCCUUUCCAGGUAGGGGGUAAAAGUUCCGUCGGCCUAUGGGGUGACCCAUAAACCGAGUGGAAGAGCCCAGCCCAGGUAGGCUCAGGAAACCUGGGAACUGCCUUUUCCUCACAAGGCACCACCGAGGCCCAUUGCUUGGGAAACUAUCCUAGCAGGUGAGCCAGGUGCCCUGCCAGGGGAGUAACAGGUGCUGCCUUUUCAGAUAACUAUGCAAAGGGGGGAGGGGGCAGUGUGUAGGCAACUCGAGCUCAGCUAGUCCCACGGGAGAGGGACAGGUGGGGGAGGGGCACAAUUAGGGGGACAUAAUCCCUAGGGAGUGGUACACUAUUCUUCCAGCAGAGUUCAGAGCAAAACCUGAACCCUGCUCACCUGAGAGAGAGAUGCUGCCAGGUGCCUAAAGACUCAAGGGGAGGGAGCUGAUGUUUGGAUCUGGGCACCACCUGUACAAUGGUCUAAAGAGCGGGCGCUUAGCUGCUCAGUUACAAUACCUACUGCCUGCUCUCAGCUGUCCACCUCCAAGGGACUGAGGGAAAAUGCCUCCAUGAGGCUUCUGUGGCAAAGCCAUAGCAGUAAUCCAAUUCCUAACUCCAGUUAGAAACCUAAAAUGCCAAACCAUCUCCCGCCUCUGAAACCCAACUAGACUCUGAGGCCAUACCUGGGUCCAGGGUGCUCAAGAGUCUGUGCUUUCACGACUUGCUAAAAUCUCCAGCCACCGUUUUUCUGAACUUAAAAUGCCUUUUACUCCCGAACCACAUGGAAGUGUCGGAAUCCCUGGGUCUUGUGAAGCAGCAGGGAACCCAGGUCUGGUCAGCUGAGAGAAUAGAGUGGGGAGAAUCCAUACUCCUUAAGAUGGGUCCUGUUAUUUAUGCUUGCUGCACAGUCGAUAUUAGAGGAAAAAGCUUUGUAUUACUCUUCCACAUAUGCUGGCUGCUGUUUACAUACCCUGCCAACGCCUUAGCACUGGAGAGCUUUUUGCAAUAUGCCGGGGAAAGGGGAGGGAGGGAAUGAAGUGCCAAAGAAAACAUGUCUCAAAGUUCUGGUUUUAUACAAUAGAAUGUUUUCUAGCAGAUGCCUCUUUGUUUUAAUAUAUUAAAAUCUUGCAAAGCCCUUUGAGCAACAA